UCCCACUAGGGUGUGAGCUCCGGAGGUGGCGCGAACAGGUCUUUGCCCACGGAGCGCGGGCCCCCGAGUCCGCUCCAGACUUCUUUUCUGAGUCGAAAUAAAAGUUCCUUCCCAGCUGACCAGUGCAUUUCUUCUUUAAGGAGCCGUUCCCUCUUCGCCCAGAAAAUACAACCGGCUCGCACCUAUCAAGGGUUGGUGGUGGGAAGAGUAAAAUGUCAGCUGGCCCUGAAUGCCAGAACAAGAAGAUUCUUUAAAUUCCUGGGUCCAGUGACAUGACCAGCAACGGAGACAACCAGAAAGACCAGCGUAGUGGGCGGGGCCGGGGAGAUUAGCGACGCCGGAAGUCACGAGGUGCUGCGGCGCUCCAAUUCCCCAUCUCGGUAGUCGAGUAUUCAGCCUUGCGGGCGCUCUGGCGGGCUCCGCUAUGAUCCACUCUUUCGGCGCUCGACUCGCCCGCGCUGCCGCCGCCGAUGAAGGAGGGGCAAGACUCAAGAUGGCGGACAAAACGCCAGGCGGAUCUCAGAAGGCCAGUUCAAAGACCAGAUCAUCAGAUGUUCAUUCAUCUGGAUCUUCAGAUGCACAUAUGGAUGCAUCUGGACUCUCAGAUAGUGAUAUGCCAAGUCGGACACGACCUAAAAGCCCAAGGAAACAUAAUUAUAGGAAUGAAAGUGCCCGAGAAAGCCUUUGUGACUCUCCUCAUCAGAGUAUUUCAAGACCUCUUUUAGAAAACAAACUUAAAGCAUUCAGUAUUGGAAAAAUGAGUACAGCUAAGCGAACUUUAAGUAAGAAGGAGCAAGAAGAAUUGAAGAAAAAGGAGGAUGAAAAGGCCGCUGCUGAGAUUUAUGAGGAAUUUCUUGCUGCUUUUGAAGGAAGUGAUGGUAAUAAAGUAAAAACAUUUGUGCGUGGAGGUGUCGUUAAUGCAGCUAAAGAAGAACAUGAAACAGAUGAAAAAAGAGGCAAAAUCUAUAAGCCGUCUUCAAGAUUUGCAGAUCAAAAAGCUCCUCCAAGUCAGUCAUCCAAUGAAAGACCGCCGUCUCUUCUUGUGAUAGAAACCAAAAAACCUCCACUGAAGAAAGGGGAGAAAGAAAAGAAAAAAAGCAAUUUGGAACUCUUCAAAGAAGAAUUGAAACAAAUUCAAGAAGAGCGUGAUGAGAGACAUAAAACAAAAGGCAGGUUAAGUCGAUUUGAGCCUCCUCAGUCAGAUUCUGAUGGUCAGCGUCGUUCCAUGGAUGCACCUUCAAGAAGAAACAGAUCAUCUGGUGUUCUUGAUGAUUAUGCACCUGGAUCACAUGACGUAGGAGAUCCAAGCACUACUAAUUUAUACCUUGGCAACAUUAAUCCACAGAUGAAUGAAGAGAUGCUGUGCCAAGAAUUUGGAAGAUUUGGACCAUUAGCCAGUGUGAAAAUUAUGUGGCCAAGAACUGAUGAAGAAAGAGCAAGAGAGAGAAAUUGUGGUUUUGUGGCCUUUAUGAAUAGAAGAGAUGCUGAAAGAGCUUUAAAAAAUUUAAAUGGAAAGAUGAUUAUGUCUUUUGAAAUGAAGUUAGGUUGGGGUAAAGCUGUGCCUAUUCCUCCACAUCCAAUAUACAUCCCACCUUCUAUGAUGGAACACACGCUUCCCCCACCUCCAUCAGGACUUCCUUUUAAUGCGCAGCCUAGAGAGCGGUUAAAAAACCCCAAUGCUCCCAUGUUACCGCCGCCUAAAAACAAGGAGGAUUUUGAGAAGGAAUUUGCUCGCCCUGAUACAUCGCAUGAUAGAGUUUGUUGUACGCGAAGGGCCAAUGUUUGAAGCUAUGAUUAUGAACAGAGAAAUCAACAAUCCCAUGUUCAGAUUCUUAUUUGAAAACCAGACACCAGCCCAUGUUUACUAUAGGUGGAAGCUUUAUUCUAUUCUGCAGGGAGAUUCUCCAACUAAGUGGCGGACGGAAGAUUUUCGUAUGUUCAAAAAUGGAUCUUUUUGGAGGCCACCCCCAUUAAAUCCAUACCUGCAUGGGAUGUCAGAAGAGCAAGAAACAGAGGCUUUUGUAGAGGAGACUAGUAAAAAGGGAGCACUUAAGGAAGAACAGAGAGACAAAUUAGAAGAAAUUCUGCGAGGGUUAACUCCAAGGAAAAAUGAUAUUGGAGAUGCGAUGGUUUUCUGUCUCAAUAAUGCUGAAGCUGCUGAAGAAAUAGUGGAUUGCAUUACUGAGUCACUGUCCAUCUUAAAGACACCCCUUCCCAAAAAGAUUGCCAGAUUAUAUUUGGUUUCUGAUGUUUUGUAUAACUCUUCAGCCAAAGUUGCCAAUGCUUCAUAUUAUAGAAAAUUUUUUGAAACAAAGUUAUGUCAGAUAUUUUCAGACCUCAAUGCUACAUAUCGUACAAUUCAAGGCCAUUUACAGUCUGAAAACUUUAAGCAACGGGUAAUGACCUGCUUCAGAGCAUGGGAAGAUUGGGCAAUUUAUCCAGAACCAUUUUUGAUCAAACUACAAAAUAUUUUCUUAGGACUUGUAAAUAUUAUUGAAGAAAAGGAGACAGAGGAUGUACCAGAUGACCUCGACGGUGCCCCCAUCGAGGAGGAGCUGGAUGGGGCACCUCUAGAAGAUGUGGACGGAAUUCCUAUUGACGCUGCUCCCAUUGAUGACCUCGAUGGGGUCCCUAUCAAGAGUUUUGAUGACGAUCUCGAUGGAGUGCCUUUAGAUGCGACUGAAGACUCAAAGAAGAAUGAGCCUAUAUUUAAAGUUGCCCCAUCAAAAUGGGAAGCUGUAGAUGAAUCUGAAUUGGAAGCACAAGCUGUAACAACUUCUAAAUGGGAAUUAUUUGACCAGCAUGAAGAAUCAGAAGAAGAAGAAAAUCAAAAUCAAGAAGAAGAAAGUGAAGAUGAAGAAGAUACUCAAAGUUCCAAAUCCGAAGAACAUCAUUUGUACUCUAAUCCGAUCAAAGAAGAAAUGACUGAGUCCAAGUUCUCUAAGUACUCAGAAAUGAGUGAGGAAAAACGAGCUAAACUUCGUGAAAUCGAGCUCAAAGUUAUGAAGUUUCAGGAUGAAUUGGAAUCUGGAAAAAGACCUAAAAAACCAGGCCAGAGCUUUCAGGAGCAAGUAGAACACUACAGAGAUAAACUUCUUCAACGAGAGAAAGAGAAAGAAUUAGAAAGAGAACGAGAAAGAGAUAAGAAGGAUAAAGAAAAAUUGGAAUCUCGAUCCAAAGACAAGAAGGAAAAAGACGAGUGUACUCCAACAAGGAAAGAAAGGAAAAGGCGACACAGUACAUCCCCUAGCCCAUCUCGCAGUAGCAGUGGUAGACGAGUGAAAUCCCCAUCACCAAAAUCGGAGCGGUCAGAGCGUUCAGAAAGAUCUCAUAAAGAGAGCUCACGGUCCAGGUCAUCUCACAAAGACUCUCCUAGAGAUGUUAGCAAAAAGGCCAAAAGAUCACCAUCUGGUUCAAGGACACCUAAAAGAUCUAGGCGCUCACGGUCUAGAUCUCCUAAAAAAUCAGGGAAGAAAUCCAGAUCCCAGUCCCGGUCUCCACACAGGUCUCAUAAAAAGUCAAAGAAAAACAAACACUGACAUACAUUUUUAAGAUGCUGUCACUUAUUGGAAAUGCGAUUUUGUUUUGUGCCUGAACGGUCUGUUUUUUUAAAAAACUAAAAAACAAAAAAUCAAAUGAAAGAGCAUUCCUGGGGUUUUUGUUUAUUUGUUUGUGAAUGCAUGUGUAAACUCAUGAGUAUCUGCAUCUGUAGACCUGUCAUUGUUUUUUAUUGUAUAAAUUACUUUCGUUGUGGCUGUUUCUCAAGAUGAAAUUUUUAUUGUGCUAAUGAAUUUCAUCAGCAAUGUGUAUAAUGGAUCUGCUGGCAGUAGUAGUAUUUUGUUUUAGGAUGUUGUGACUUAGCAAAAAUGAUACAGAUGUCUUCCCCCCUUUUGUAGCUUUGACAAUUUGAAUUAGAUUUCAAAUAAAAUCUGAACAGAAAACUGUAA